AUGCGCGCCGCGGAGGUGAGCACGGGCGUCGACUGGUUCCAAGUUGUCGACGACUCUGCCGCCGACGGGGCGGCGAGCACACCUGAGCCGGCGUCGUCCGCGCCUGCCAGCGGCGGGGGCACGGGCAGCCUGCCGCGGUGCGAGGAGGACGGCACGCUCUCCUUCUACUGGCUCGACGCGUACGAGGACGAGCUCCACGCGCCCGGCUCCCUCUACCUCAUCGGCAAGGCGGCGGACGGCGACGGCGGGUUCGCGUCGUGCUGCGUGCAGCUUAAGGGCUGCGAGCGCAACGUCUACGUCCUCCCGCGCGAGACGGACGCCGACGGCGCGCCCGUCUCCUUCGUCGACGUCUUCAACGAGGUGUCGGCGCUCUGCCGCAAGCACAAGAUUGCAAAGUUCAAGUGCAAGCGCGUCGAGCGGCAGUACGCCUUCGAGGAGCCGGGCGUGCCGGCGACGUCUGCCUACCUGAAGCUGGUCUACUCUGGCGAGUACCCGGCCCUGCCGGCGGACGCAGUCGGCGAGACCUUCUCGCGCGUCUUCGGCGCUCGCACCUCGUGCCUCGAGCUGCUGCUCCUCAAGCGCCGCAUCGCCGGCCCGUGCUGGCUCACCCUGAGCGGCGUGGCGGCGGCCACCUCCUCCGCCUCGUGGACCAAGUACGAGGUUGCGCUUCCCGAGGGCAAGAAGGGCAUCACCGUGCGGCGCGACCCGCCGCCGGCGCCGCCGCUCAUCGUGGCGGCGCUGCACGUGCAGACCAUCCUCAACGCCAAGAACCAGCCCGAGAUCGCGCUCGCGUCGGUCAUCUCGCACCGCGGCGUCGCCGCCGACGGCGCGACCUCCAACCCGACCGCCCUCUCCUCCUUCUCCGUCGUGCGCAAGCUCGACAAGGCGUGGCCGUGGGACCUGACGCGCACAAUCCAAAAGGACAAGGUGCGGCUCGAGGUGGUGGGUAACGAGCGCGGGUUGCUCAACUUCCUGAUCGCGCGGCUGCACCAGCUCGACCCGGACGUGCUCGUGGGGCACAACAUCGCCGGCCACGACAUCUCGGUCCUGCUCUCGCGCCUCUCCACCUUCAAGGUGGCGCACUGGUCCAAGAUUGGCCGGAUGCGCGUGCGCAACAUGCCGCGCCUCUCGUCGUCGGGCGGAUCGUUCGGCGGGGGCGGCAACUGGGCGGAGUGGUCCGUCGUGGCCGGCCGGCUGAUGUGCGACACCUUCGUCUCUGCGCGCGAGCUGCUGCCCUCGCAGCGCUCCUACUCCCUCAAGGAGCUCGCGCGCACGCAGCUGAGCGCCAACAAGCCCGAGCUCGAGCAGGCCGCCAUCGCAGGCGCGUUCGACGAGACGGGGACGCUCCUCCAGCUCGUCCGCUGCGUCGAGAACGACGCCUUCCUCUCGCUCCAGCUCAUGUUCCGGCUGCAGGUGCUGCCGCUCACCAAGCAGCUGACCGGCCUCGCGGGGAACCUCUGGUCCAAGUCGCUGCAGGGCAAGCGCGCGGAGCGGAUCGAGUACCUGCUGCUGCACGAGUUCCACCGCCUCAAGUACCUCGCGCCCGACAAGGAGUCGUACGCCGUGCGCACCGCCAAGCGCAAGGCCAAGGCGGUCGAGGCGGGCAACGACCCCGACGACGAGGACGACGGCGGCGGCCGGCGCGGCGAGGGGCAGACGGGGCGGAAGAAGCCCGCCUACGCGGGCGGCCUCGUGCUCGAGCCCAAGCGCGGCUUCUACGACAAGUUCGUGCUGCUGCUCGACUUCAACUCGCUCUACCCCUCCAUCGUGCAGGAGUACAACAUCUGCUUCACCACCAUCUCGCGGCCGACGCCCGACCCGGACGGCGUGAUGCCGCUCGCCGUGCCGCCGCCCGCCUCGGUGGAGCAGGGCGUGCUGCCGCGGCUCAUCGGCACGCUCGUUGCGCGGCGGAGGGAGGUGAAGGCGCUCCUCAAGAAGGAGCAGGACGCCGGCCGCCGCGCGCAGCUCGACAUCCGGCAAAAGGCGCUCAAGAUCAUGGCCAACUCGAUGUACGGCUGCCUCGGCUUCGAGGGCUCGCGCUUCUACGCGCGCGCGCUCGCCGAGCUCAUCACCUCGCGCGGGCGCGACGCGCUGAUGCACGCCGUCGAGAUCGCGCAGGGCGCGAACAUGGACGUCAUCUAUGGCGACACCGACUCGAUCAUGGUCUACUCGGCGACCGACUCGCUGCCCGAGGCGCGAAAGAUGGCCGAGACGCUCAAGCGCGAGAUCAACAAGCACUACCGCUGCAUGGAGAUCGACCUGGACGGGCUGAUGCAGGCGAUGCUGCUCCUCAAGAAGAAGAAGUACGCCGCGCUGCUCGUCGAGGAGAAGGCGCCCGGCAAGCUGAGCGUCACGCGCGAGACCAAGGGCCUCGACCUGGUCCGGCGCGACUGGUGCACGCUCUCGCGCGAGGCGGGCUCCGCCGUGCUCGACUUCAUCCUGUCGGGCAAGCCCAAGGAGGAGGUCGUCUCCUCCAUCCUCGCCUACCUCUCCGAAGUCGCCGACAAGGUUGGCAAGAACGAGAUGCCGCUCGACGCCUUUGUCAUCACCAAGCAGCUGACCAAGGCGCCGAAAGACUACCCCGACGGCAAGAACCAGCCGCACGUUGUCGUGGCAAAGGCGAUGAUGGAGCAGGGCGAGUCGGUGCCGGCGGGCUCCGUCAUCGAGUAUGUCGUGACCGCCGACGAGUCAAAGUCGUCCGUCGCCGAGCGCGCGCACCACCCAAAGACGGUGCUCAAGGCGGAGGGCUUCCUGCAGGUCGAUGUGGCGUGGUACAUGGCGCAGCAGCUGCACCCGCCCAUCUGGCGGCUCUGCGAGCCGAUCGACGGCAUCACGUCGGAGCAGGUUGCGGAGUGCCUCGGCCUCGACGCCACCAAGUUCAAGUCGCACUCGCUGUCCAACGACGGCGGCGCCCUGCCGCGCGACCGCCUCGCCGCCCCAUCCGACCUGCAGCGCUUCGCCGACUGCGAGCCCUUGUCUGUCCGCUGCGCCGCGUGCAAGACGACCGCGCCGCUCAAGGGCCUCCUCUCGGACGGCACCGACGGCACCCCCCCUGGCGAGUGGAUCGGCGCCUCGGGCCCUCUCGGCUGCGGCGCCUGCGGCGCGCGCCUCCCUCGGACGGCCGUCUCCAACGCGCUCACGCUCGCCAUGCGCAAGGCGAUCGCCGCGUACUACACGGCGCCGCUCCAGUGCGACGAGCCCUCCUGCUGCGAGCGGGCGCGGUCCGUGUCGACGCACAUCUCGCGCGACGACGCCGGGCUGCCGCUCUUCCCCGCCUGCACCGUGGUGCGCGGCCGCGGCCGGAGCAGAGGCCCCGGGGGGAGGGAGGACGCGCGGCCCGUGACACGUGCCUUGAGCGUGCCUGCAGGCGCGCUGCCGCGGCCGCAUGACGCGCACCGUCACCGACCGCUCGCUGCACACGCAGCUCCUCUCGUACCGCUCCCUCUUCGACGUGGGCGCCGCAAAGACCAAGGCUGUCGCCGAGGCGAAGCGGCGCGGCGAGACGCUCGGCGAGGUGCCUCCGCUCAGCCCCGCCGACGCCGCCGACCUCAGCCACCUGGCGGGCUUGGUGCGGGCGCGGCUGGACGCGUCCGCCUUUGA